AUGUUCGACUUCAACUUUUAUUUUUAAAUUUGUUGGUUUUUGGAUCGUUGACAUAUUACAUUAUAGAAGUUGAUUAUAAUUAUCCGACUGUAUUUAAACAUUCACAAUGGUUUAGAGAAUCACCUUCAAGACUUUUGUACAAUUUGGGUUCACGAGUGUAUUUAAAUAAUGUCAUUCAACUUCCAAAAGUACAAUAUGAUUUUUCCUUUAAUGAAACAGAUGAAGAAAAAAUAUUGAGGGAAUCCCGCCGUGAUUCAAUAAAAAAUGGGUUUCUUCAUGCCUGGAAUGGAUAUAAAAAAUAUGCAUGGGGGUACGAUGAAUUAUUACCGUUAACAAAUGUGGGUAGGAAUAAUUUUAACGGAUGGGGAGCAACUAUAAUUGAUGCAUUAGAUACAAUGUGGAUUAUGGAUUUAAAAGAAGAAUUUAAUUGUUCAAGGGAUUUUGUUCGAUCUGUAGACUUUACAAAAAGUGAUGAAAUUAUCAACGUUUUUGAGACUACAAUUCGUUAUCUUGGCGGAUUAUUAAGUGCGUAUGAAUUGUCAAAGGAACUCGUAUUUCUGGAAAAAGCACAAGAAUUGGGCAAUGCUUUGUUACCUUCUUUCGAUAGUCCCACCGG